AUGCCUACCUUUCACUUCUCAAGUGAGGGGAAAGUUGUCAAGACUAGUUCCUCUGACUCUGGAGAAAACAUGGAAGACAUGGAGGGUCUGCUGCCAGGCGAGGACAAGGAAGCCACCAUGGGUGAAGCUGUCCCGCGUGCACCACGUCGCGUGAAGUGGAUUCCUUCGAUAUUUUGUGUUGGCCUGUUCAUGCUUCUGGUCGGCUUUAUUAUCACUGUGGUCAAUAUUGCGCAUAUGGCCAGGGCUGAUGACUUUUGCUUCAAACGGAGCACCUUUUACAGUCCUGUGACCAAAGACAUCAAUACCCAUCUGCAUCUCGUCAGGAACAAUGGCACUCUCGAUUGGCCGUCUAUCUACCGCGGUCCUCCAAGCCCAGAGCUCGAUGCGGCAUGGAGUCACAUUGCAUACGACAUGGGUGUUGUCGGAGUCCCCGAAGAAGAAGCUCUCAAGGCUGGUUUGCGCAAGGGCGAUGUGCGCAUUCCUCCAGGAUACAAGAACAGUGGAUACUACAUGGCGUCUCUGGAGGUAGAUGACAGAAAGGAAGUGGAGGCUGAGCUACUGCUGCAGAAUUUCCUCCGCAAGGCCGCCUGGCUCAACUAUCCGUACUACAAGGACAAAGGCUGGGAGUUCUCAGACCCGCCGGACGAGCUCGAGAGACAUCUAUACCACUGCAUCGAGAUUCUGCGACAGAUGCUCAUGUGCAAUGCCGACCCGGGGCUCAUCGGAUACCGUUGGGUGCGGGGUCGCGAGGGCCAUCCGUACCCGUACAUGAACACGCCGCACAAGUGUCGCGACUUCCAGGGGAUGCUGGACUGGGCGUAUGAGAAUAUGGUGUCCGAGGAUGCCGACAAGAUGGUGUAUUCGCCAGGGCCGGACGAAGUCGUGUGGGAUCACGACCCUUCAUAUGUGGAUGGUCAUGAUCCAAUCUGA